UUAGUGUGACAAAGAGCCAUAUAUUUAAAGAUGGCUAAGGAUUGAAAGACGGCAACUUCCGUUUUGGAGAUGGUAGAACUACACCUAUGGCUACGUGCUUCUGCAUCGUUAUUAUCCAAGCUGCCACUUCUGCAUCGUUAUUAUCCAAGCUGCCACCCACUCCCCUUCACCAACGGGACCAAACCAGAGCGGAAAGAAAAGGUCAUGUGGUCCUUUCAAAGUUUGCUUUUCACACGCACUUUUCACUUCGUAACGUGCAGUGAGUGUCUAUAAUCUUUAUCGUCUUCUGCAACUGUUACCCGUAACCCCUCUUUAGUGAUUUGUCCCACUCCUUUAUCUUGAUAUCGCCAUUAAACUCCCCCUCUCCCCCACACAAACAACAUCCAUUCCGAAUCUUAUUCUGCUUUAAAACCAUCCAUUUUUACUACUUUUUUUUAAUUAAGGAUUGAAUUUUGUAACUGAUCCCCGCAUCCACACGAGGCUGGACUCUCUGUAGCAAGCAAGAGACUAGAUCCUUUUUCCUUUGUCAGUGUUAUUUGUUUCUCAUGCUUUACCAGUUGGAUAAAGUACGGCAGUUGGUACUGUGAUCGCCGCUGUUGUUCUUACCUCUGCAUCUCCAUGGCGGAGCGCCGUUCAGACCUUGAGUUGAUGACGUGGCUCCACGGUGACCUCGACCUGACAAUCAUCGAGGCCCGGCGCUUGCCGAACAUGGACGUCGUGGUACAGCAUCUCCGCCGCUGCGUAACCGUCUGUGACACAAUUAAAACCACUGAAGAGACCGCCAAAAAUCCCGAUGGCAGUGGUGGUGACGGCGACAAGAUCCACCGCCGCCGCAAGAUCAUUACCAGCGACCCUUACGUCAAGGUGACGGUUCCACAAGUCACCUUGGCCCGCACCCGUGUCCUCAAGAACGCUCAGGACCCCCUGUGGAACGAGCGUUUCUACAUUCCACUGGCGCACCAAGUAGUCAACCUGGAGUUCCAGGUCAAGGAUGAUGAUAUGUUCGGUGCGGAGAUCAUCGGCACCGUCAAGAUCCCGGCUCAGAAGAUCCAGUCCGGCGAGCUCAUCUCCGGCUGGUUCCCAAUACUGGGUGCCUCCGGGGCGCCACCGAAGCCGGAAACUGCUCUCAAACUCGAGUUGAAGUUCACCCCGUCCGAGAAAAACCCGUUGUACCAACAUGGCAUCGCGGGCGAUCCUGAACACAAGGGCGUGAGGCACACAUACUUCCCGCUGAGGAAAGGAUGCCACGUGACGUUGUACCAAGACGCGCACAUACCGGAAAACUUGUUGCCGGAGAUAGAAUUGGAGAAAGGGAAGGCUUUCAAGCAAGAGACAUGCUGGGAGGAUAUUUGCCAUGCUAUCACGGAGGCUCACCAUUUGAUUUACAUCGUUGGCUGGUCCAUUUACCACAAGGUGAAGCUGAUUCGGGAGGGAACCCGCAAGUUGCCGCGCGGUGGGGAUUUAACACUCGGUGAACUGCUGAAGUACAAGUCCGAAGAGGGCGUGCGGGUUUUGUUGUUGGUUUGGGACGAUAAGUCCUCCCACGACAAGCUCGUCAUCCGAACGCAAGGAGUGAUGGCGACGCAUGAUGAAGAGACCAAGAAGUUCUUCAAACAUUCAUCCGUCUCGUGUGUGCUGUCACCUCGCUACGCUAGCAGUAAGAUGGGCAUUAUCAAGCAGCAGGUUGUCGGAACCCUUUUUACUCACCAUCAGAAAUGUGUCCUUGUUGACACACAAGCACAGGGUAAUAAUCGUAAGAUAACUGCAUUUUUGGGAGGGAUUGAUCUUUGUGAUGGUCGCUAUGAUACACCUGAGCACCGACUAUUUCGCGAUCUUGACACCAUAUUUCAAGAUGACUUCCACAAUCCUACAUUUGCUCCUGGAACUAAGGCUCCUAGGCAACCAUGGCAUGACCUGCACAGCAGAGUUGAAGGGCCUGCUGCAUACGAUGUUCUUAUAAACUUUGAGCAGCGUUGGAGGAAAGCAACGAGAUGGAAAGAGUUUGGACUACUAAAAAAGGUUGCCACCCAAUGGCAAGAUGACUCCUUAAUAAAAAUUGAACGCAUCUCUUGGAUACAAAGUCCUGACAUAUCUGAUUUAAAGAAUGGUACUGCAUCUGCUCCGAAAGAUGAUCCUAGCUUGUGGGUUUCCAGUGAAGAUGAUCCUGAAUGCUGGCAUGUUCAGAUUCUUCGGUCCAUUGAUUCAGGAUCAGUGAAAGGAUUUCCCAAAAUCGUUGAUGCUGUCAAGGCACGGGAUGGUAACCUUAUUUACUCCAAAAAUUUGGUUAUAGAUAAAAGCAUUCAAACAGGAUACAUCCAGGCGAUCAGAUCUGCUAAACAUUUCAUAUAUAUUGAAAAUCAGUAUUUUCUUGGAUCAUCGUAUGCAUGGCCAUCAUAUAAAAAUGCAGGAGCUGAUAAUCUAAUACCAAUGGAGUUGGCAUUAAAGAUUGCAAGUAAAAUUAGAGCAAACGAGAGAUUCGCAGUGUAUAUUGUCAUACCAAUGUGGCCCGAGGGUGAUCCAAAAUCUUUAACCGUGCAAGAAAUUCUCUUUUGGCAGAGCCAAACAAUGCAAAUGAUGUACAAUGUAGUUGCAACGGAACUGAAAGCCACAGGGCGCGUGGACUCGCAUCCUCAAGAUUUUCUCAAUUUCUAUUGCCUUGGUAAUCGGGAAAACAUUCCUGAGGAAAAGUCGAGUGAUAAUGGUGUUAAGGUCUCGGAUGCACAAAAGUCCAAGCGGUUUAUGAUUUAUGUACAUGCCAAGGGAAUGAUUGUUGAUGAUGAAUACGUAAUAGUGGGAUCUGCCAAUAUUAACCAGAGAUCCAUGGCUGGUACAAAGGACACAGAGUUAGCUGUGGCUGCAUAUCAACCCCAUCACACUUGGGCUGGAAGGAAGAAGCAGCCACGCGGUCAGGUUUAUGGAUACAGAAUGUCAUUGUGGUCUGAGCAUCUUGCCGUGAAAGAUGCAUGCUUCGAGGAGCCAGAGAGUUUGAAAUGUGUGAAGACAGUGAAUGAGAUUGCUAAAGAUAACUGGAGCAGAUUUUCAACUGCAGAAUUCACACCAUUGAAGGGCCACCUUCUCCAGUAUCCUUUGCAUGUAGAUGCUGAUGGGACGGUUGGCCCUCUGCCCGGAUAUGAGAAUUUCCCUGAUGUGGGUGGACAAGUGCUUGGAUCUCAUUCCAAUACCCUUCCUGACACUCUAACCACAUAAUCACCUCCCAUCGCCAUGUUCAUGCGUGUGAUUGUUAAGGAAGAAUUGGCGUGACAUGUUCCUAGGAUAUUUAUUGUUUUUGUUAAAUUAAAGUAUCGCGAGAAGGUUGAAAUGUUGUGAAUAUUUGUUGAUGCACAAGGGCGUGUUCUGUAUCUUCUCACUAGUCAGCAUGUAUGGUUCUCUGGCUGUUACAGAAGAUAGGGAUUUUUUUUUUUUUUUAAUGAAAUUUGUUAUGAAUGGAAAAAUAAAAUUCUCUUACUGAUUAUAAAUUGAAAAAAAAAAAAAUGCCCCCUAUUCUUGUU